AUGGCUACAACUGUCGCUGAUGCUUGGGUUAGGAUAAAAGAUCCCCAGUCAAAUACCAUGUUUUACGCUAACCCGGCAACCGGUGAAUGUCUAUUGGAAAAACCAAGGAAUUUACAAUUAUAUCCAAUAUUAGGCGAUGAAUGGUGGGAAUUAUGGGAUGAUUUUCAUCAAUUACCUUAUUAUUAUCAUACUGUUUCAGGUCAAACUGAUUGGGCCGUACCGUCAACUGGAACAAUUAUUCCCCUAAGAAAAAUACAAAACUCUUCAAUUGGAAAAAGAUUAUCCGCCGUAUUCGCUCAAGAUGAUAAUUUUGACAUUAUAAAGGCUGCCACUGGAAACAUUUCAAAACAAAUUAGAGCUUCAGGAUCGUUAUUAAUCCCUAAUGGCAAUAAUCAACAACGAUUGGCUACGGCUUCGAUAAAAGUUUCUCAUCACAAAAGUGAAGAAUUUACCGUUGUUACUUCCGACUUUCCAUCAUCGUCAUCACGUGAUGUUGAUUCAAUUAGUGAUUCGAACCGAAUCACGCUUAACGAUUCGGAAAACGCGAAAGAUUUUUCUCAAAAUUCUUCAGAUAAUUCAAGUAACAGUGAGUCUGAUGUUGAUGUGUUAACACAGAAGCAGUCAAAAAGAAAUAAUUCUUUGUCAACAAAAUUUUCGAAAUCACGUACAACUUCAUUUGAUUCAACUUAUGUCGCUUCAACUUCAACAUCUCGCCCAGUAACCCUAUCUAGUAUAAAUACAAACAAUAACGAGUCCGAUGUGCAUGUACAUCAUGUAAAUCAGCAACAACCCUUCAUGGCUGUUUCUCCAAAAAAAUCCUUUUUGGCCGCUGAUAAAGCACGUAAAUCUGGUAUAAGUAACCCUGUAGUAAAUAUUGAUGCUGCAGCUGCAAUGAAGCCUACUGGGAGCUUAUAUCAGGAUCUACGACGUAAAAAGCCGGCUUAUCAGGUGCAUACAAGGAAGUUAAGUACUGGGGAGGUUAUGACCUUACCACCUGAAUUACAAAAAGAUAUAAAUCAAUUUAAAAUUGAUGGUUUCGCUAGAAAGUAUUUUAAUACUCAUAAAAAAGGAAUAUUUAGAAAGAAAGUACCCGUAGAAAAGAUGUUAUUAUUUCAAAAGGAUUUGAUUAAUCAAUCUUUGAUGGUUCUUAAUUCUAAUGUACAAAAAGAUGCAAUAAAAUGUUUUAAAGUAAUUCAACGUAUAAUGGGAGAUCGAUCUAAGGGAAGGAAUGGACCUGCAAAUGUGCUAGAAGAUAUACAAUGGUUGCUAGAUCGAGGAAUACUGCAUGGUGAAUUGAGGGAUGAAAUUUAUGUACAAAUUUGUAAACAAUUAAAUGAUAAUCCCAAUGUGGAAAGUAUAAGGAAAGGAUGGGAAUUAUUAAGUGUGAUAACUGUUACAUUUCCUCCUUCAAAAAAUCUUGAAGCAUAUUUAAUGCAAUAUAUUGUAGACCAUUUUUCAAAAACUGAAAAUCAAGUUGAUAUAUUGAGUAAACAUGUACAUAAUCGCUUAUUGAGAAUAUGUAAACGAGGUCCACGUGGUAAAGUGCUGACAUUGGCUGAAAUUGAGAGAGCUAAGGAAGCACCUUUUAGUCCUUCAGUGUUUGGUGAAAACUUGGGAUUUAUAAUGAAAUUACAAGAACAAGCUUUUCCACAACUUAAAAUACCUAGGAUAUUACCAUUUCUUGCACACGCUAUUUUAAAAUUAAAUGGUCAAUCUAGUGAAGGAAUAUUUCGUGUACCAGGAGAUGCUGAUUAUGUAACCGAAUUGAAAUUGAGGAUAGAAAAAAAUAGAUAUGAUAUGAGUGGUAUAAAUGAUCCAAAUGUACCAUCAUCUUUAUUAAAAUUUUGGCUGAGAGAUUUGGCCGAACCACUUAUACCUGACAUAUUCUAUGAUAAAUGUAUUAAAUUUUCUGAAGACAAAAAUGCUGCCGUUGAUAUUGUCAAGGAAUUACCUUUAAUUAAUCAAAGAGUUGUUGCUUUUACCAUUAAUUUCUUACAGAAAUUUGCCGAUCCCAAAAUGAUUAGGAUGACAAAAAUGAAUAUACAUAAUUUGGCUAUGGUAUUUGCCCCAAAUUUCUUAAGAUGUCCUUCAGAUAAUUUAGCCGUAAUAUUUGAAAAUACAAAAUAUGAACAAGCAUUUUUAAGAACUUUAUUAAUAAAUUUAAAUA